UAGAGAUGGAGAACAAAGAGCCUGGCUUACCUUGUGAAGGGGAAAUGGAGCUCCUUGUCCAGAAAUGUGGGCUGGAUCCUACAGACAGAAAUGGGGAUGAGUCCUGUUCUGUCUCAGAAAAGCAGGAAGAAGUUCCUGCUGCCCCAAAUAAUGGACCCAUGAGUAUGGUAAUUGACAAAGUGAACGGGCAGGAGGAGCUGAGAGAAGCCCCAGAGGAACUGAGUGACAAAGAUGCGUCUGAUUCAACCUCAACUGACAACACUUGGGAAGAUUCAAAUGAGUUUCACCGACAAAUGGUGAUAGGAGAUGGACCAUCAGGAGAACAGGAAGCAGUGAUACAGUCACGCCUGGCUACAUACCGAGAUGAAGAUGUGACUGCAGAGAGUUGGCGGGCACACAGGAAACAUGUCUUCAUUUUAAGUGAGGCUGGGAAACCCAUUUAUUCACGUUACGGCAAUGAAGAAGCCCUUAGUUCCACCAUGGGUGUCAUGAUGGCACUGGUGUCAUUCAUCCAAAGUGGGGAUAACUCUAUUCGCUCCAUUUAUUCUGAUGAUCACAAACUGGUUUUUGUGCAGCAGGGCCCCCUGGUACUGGUUUCAGUUUCGCAUACCCUACAGUCAGAGCAGCAACUACGCCAGGAGCUUUUGUAUGUCUACGAUCAGAUCAUCAGCAUGCUUACUCAGGCCAGCAUCACUCGCAUCUUUGAACGGAAAAAGAACUAUGACCUCCGGCGCUUGUUGACCGGUUCGGAGAAGAUCCUUGACCGUUUGCUGAACCUGGUAGAAUCAGAUCCUUGUUUUCUCCUUGGAGCUGUACGCUGUCUACCCCUCCCCGCCUCCCUCCGGGAUUCCCUGGGCACUUUGCUACAAAAAGCCAUCACCCCUAAUCUGGUCUUCUCUAUUUUGGUGGCUCGGAGUCAGUUGGUCACCACAGUGCAGGAGAAAACAGUCAUUGAAGAUUGCCGGUUAGAACCUACUGACCUACACCUGUUACUCAAUCUCAUUGGGGCAACUUCUGCCUUCCAAACUGGGGAAAUUUGGACACCUAUUUGUUUGCCACGUUUCAACCCUGAUUGUUACUUUUAUGCGUAUAUUUCUUAUUUGGAUUCAGAAUGUACUGUCUGCCUCAUCCUUCUCUCUACGGACAAGGACUCUUUCUAUUCUGUCUCGGAUUGCAAGAAACGCAUUGAGGAAGGCAUGAGGACUCAGAACUAUCUGCAGGCACUCUCAAGUGGCUUAAAGAGCCCAUCCUAUAGUGUGGGGCUGGUGGGAGUGCCAGAUCUUCGGCACUUUAUAUAUAAACCUCUGGAUAUACCGGAUAAUUACCGACAACUUCCCCAAUUCACCAGUCCAGAACUGGAGGGGCCAUAUUGCAAUGAGAAUGAACGGCACCGACUCUUUGACCUCUACCACUACCUUCACAGUCGCAUCCACAGUACCUCACGUCCUCUACGUCUCAUCUACCAUGUAGCUGAAAAGGAGACUUUAUUGGCUUGGGUUACAAGUAAAUUUGAAUUAUAUACCUGUUUCAAUCCUUUGGUGACGAAAGCUGGUGCCAUCAAUGUCUUGACCAAACUGUUACGUUGGAUAAAGAAGGAAGAAGACCGGCUCUUCAUCCGUUACCCACCCAAGUAUUCCACUACACCUAAUCCUGGGAAAGGAAACAGGCCCCCCCGAACAGAUGGUACUGAAAACGGCUUCUUUGGAGGAGGUCACUAG